GAGGCUCUCUUUAGUUUGUUCUGAAUUUAAACGGCUGGUUCUAUCCUACUGACGAAAGAAGAACUGUUUUUUUCUUUGUUUCUUUUACCAAGACAAAGAAUAUAAAAUUAAAUUUUAAGCAACAGUAGAAGAAAUAUACCUUUGGACCGAAUCUUUUUAUUUUUCUCUUCAAAUGAUGGGAAAUUUAAGACGCGUUUCUCUCCGGUGGAUACAAUGGCGACUAUUUACCGUACUGCAACGGCAAAUCGGACUGCUUGUUUUUCUGCUUCAUUUUAUUUACAUUGUAGAUGGACAGAUUCGUUAUUCUGUACCAGAGGAAAUGAAGAAGGGCUCUGUCAUAGGUAAUGUGGCACAGGAUCUUGGUUUGGAUGUGAAAAGGCUCCGAUCUGGACGCGCCCGUAUCGUGACCGGAGAAAACGUUCAAUACACCGAGCUGAAUACAGACAAAGGGAUCCUUCUUGUGAACGAAAGAAUAGACCGGGAGCAGCUAUGUGGGGACACCACACCAUGCAGCUUUAGUUUUGAAUUAAUACUGGAAAAUCCGAUGGAACUGCACAGAAUAACUGUAGAGGUUUUGGAUAUAAAUGAUCACGCUCCGGUAUUUCCAAGCAAAGAUAAAUCAAUCAGGUUUGAGGUAAGCGAAUCAGCUGCCAUAGGAGUGCAGUUUCCACUGCAGACCGCAGAGGAUUUAGAUGUAGGCCAAAACGCGUUGAAAGAUUAUGUUCUGUCACCAAAUGACAACUUUAUUCUUAAACAACAUGUAAACCCAGACGGAAGUAAAAAUAUUGAAAUGGUGCUGCAAAAGCCUUUAGAUAGAGAACAACGUCCUAAUCUGCAUUUUAAACUAAUCGCAUUGGACGGAGGAACACCGCAGAGAUCUGGAUCGGUGAAUAUAGAUGUGACUGUAUUAGAUGCUAACGACAAUAUUCCUGUUUUUAACCAAUCGGUUUAUAAAGCUUCUGUGGUAGAAAACACAAUUAAAGGUACAAGUGUUAUUACUGUGAAUGCCACAGACGCUGACAGUGGAUCAAACGGGUUAAUCGCUUUUAGUUUGUCUAAAACAAAAGGAAGUGCUGCAGAUAUUUUUAGCAUUGAUAAUAGUACGGGCACUAUUUAUGUGUUUGGUGAAAUAGAUUUUGAGAAACAGAAAAAAUACGAGGUGCGAGUUGAGGCAAAAGAUCAGGGUGGAUUAAUCGGGACAAGUAAAGUUAUAGUUGAUGUUGUUGAUAUCAAUGAUAAUGCCCCAGUGAUAAGUGUAAUGUCUUUUUCCAGUCCAAUAUUAGAAAACGCCCCUGUUGGUACAACAGUCGCUAUUUUGAACAUAAAAGAUGCUGAUUCUGACAAAAAUGGUCGAAUUAAAUGUUCAUUAGAAGGAAACAUUCCUUUUAGAAUUGAAUUAUCUUUAACAAAUUAUUACAAUUUAAUAUUGGAUCAAGAGUUGGACAGAGAAUCUGUCGCAGAUUAUAACAUAACCAUAAAAGCUACCGAUUUUGGUUCUCCUCCUCUGACUACUUCGACAAAAUUGCAUCUUAAGGUAUCGGAUGUUAAUGACAACGCUCCAGUGUUUGACAAAAGUAGCUAUUCUGCCUACAUCAUGGAAAAUAAUCCACCGGGCUAUUCCAUAUUUGCUGUUUGUUCGCGGGAUUCUGACUGGAAUCAAAACGCUAGAAUAUCUUAUUUUUUAGAGGACACACAGGUCAAUGGUAAUCCAGUUUCUGCAUAUAUAUCUUUAAACGCUGAGACCGGAGUUCUGACAGCACUGCGAUCGUUAGAUUAUGAGCAAAUAAAAGAGUUUCAGCUUGUGGUCAAAGCGCAGGAUGGAGGCUCUCCUCCACUCAGUAGUAAUGUGACAGUGAAAAUCCUGAUCCAGGACCAAAACGAUAACCCCCCACAGAUUCUUUACCCAGUCCAGACCAGUGGCUCUAUGGUGGCUGAAAUGGUGCCUCGUUCAGCAGAUGUGGGCUACCUGGUGACUAAAGUGGUGGCUGUUGAUGUGGACUCUGGACAGAACGCCUGGCUCUCCUAUAAACUGCAGAAAGCUACAGACAGGGCGCUGUUUGAAGUGGGCUUACAAAAUGGAGAAAUAAGAACAAUCCGACAGGUGACUGAUAAAGAUGCUGUGAAACAGAGACUCACUGUUAUAGUGGAGGACAACGGGCAGCCCUCCCGUUCAGCAACAGUUAUUGUUAACGUGGCGGUGGCGGACAGCUUCCCUGAAGUGCUCUCAGAUUUUACUGAUUUUUCACAGAAGGAGUACAAUGAAAACCUGACUUUUUACUUGGUGUUGGCCCUGGCUGUGGUCUCAUUCCUAUUCAUUACGUGUUUGGUGGUUAUUAUAUCAGUGAAGAUCUACAGAUGGAGACAGUCCCGCAUCCUGUAUCACUCCAACCUUCCUGUGAUUCCUUAUUAUCCACCACGUUACUCAGACACUUUGGGAACAGGGACCCUACCACACGUGUACAAUUACGAGGUGUGCAGGACGACUGACUCCAGAAAGAGUGACAAUAAGUUCUGCGGAACCGGUAGUCAGAACGUGUUGAUAAUGGAGCCCAGUUCUACAGGGACAAUGCAGCGGAUGCACAAUGAGAAGAACAUCCUGGAUGAACCAGACUCUCCUCUAGAGGUGAGUGCAGAGAAGGAAAUGAAGAGAGGCUCUGUGAUUGGUAAUGUUGCGCAGGACCUCGGUUUGGAUCUGAAAAAGCUCCGUUCUGGCCGUGCCCGUAUCGUAAGUGAAGAGAGCGUCCAGUACGUUGAGCUGAAGGCAGACAAAGGGCUUUUGGUGGUGAAGGAAAGAAUCGACCGGGAGCAGCUUUGCGCACAGGAUGGAGGCUCUCCUCCACUCAGCAGCAACGUGACUGUGAAAAUCCAGAUCCAGGACCAGAACGAUAAUCCCCCUCAGAUUCUGUACCCUGUCCAGACAGGUGUCUCCAUGGUGGCUGAAAUGGUGCCUCGUUCAGCAGAUGUGGGUUACCUGGUCGCUAAAGUAGUGGCUGUUGAUGUGGACUCUGGACAGAACGCCUGGCUCUCCUACAAACUACAGAAAGCUGCAGAAAGAGCGCUGUUUGAAGUGGGCUUACAGAAUGGAGAAAUAAGAACAAUGCGCCAGGUGACUGAUAAAGAUGCUGUGAAACAAAAACUGAUCGUUAUUGUAGAGGACAAUGGGCAGCCCCCUCGAUCAGCUUCAGUUUCUAUUAAUGUGGCAGUGGCAGACAGCUUUUCUGAAGUGCUCUCUGAUUAUCCUAAUUUUCCACACGAUAAGGAGUACAAUGAGAACCUUACUUUUUACUUGGUGUUAGCUCUGGCUGUGGUCUCCUUCCUCUUCAUCACAUGUGUGGUUGUUAUUGUAUCAGUGAGGAUCUACCGAUGGAGACAGUCUCGGAUCCUCUAUCACUCCAACCUCCCAGUGAUACCUUAUUACCCACCACGUUACUCGGAUACUUUGGGAACAGGGACUUUACCACACGUUUACAAUUAUGAGGUGUGCAUGACAACUGACUCCAGAAAGAGUGAUGCUAACUUCAGCAGAGCUGGUAGUCAGAACCUAUUGAAUAUGGCCCCAAGUUCUACAGGGACAACUCAGCGGUUACAGAGUGAGAAGAGCAUCCUGGAUGAACUAGACUCUCCUGUUGAGAUCUAG